AUGUCUUAUCAAAACCCCUCAACUUUUGCUCCUUACUCACCGCCGCCAGACGAAAGUAAAACAUAUCGGUACACUCCAGUUCCAAGUGGUAGUGGUAGUAAUGCACAUGCUUCUUCGGCGUCUACUUCUGCAGCAGCAGCUUCCAGCUCAACUUCAACAGCACCUUUUGCUGGAGUACAUCAAGCUACAGGACAGGCACCCUCAAACCAAAUAAAGGUCAACACAUAUGAAACAGAUUUGCCUAUAAGGGUUGAUUUUGCCGCGGCAAUGACUUAUAUACUUGGAUGCAUCACGGGCGUGAUGUUUUUAAUUCUGGAACAAAAGAAUGAUUACGUUCGGUUUCAUGCUUGGCAGCUUAGUUUUCUAUUAUUAUUAGUUGAAUUGGGUUUAAUUGGGUUUCUCGCAUAUCGCGCAUAUGUUGAUGGGGCAACUUUAGAGCGAUAUGAGGUCCCAUAUUUUGGACCAUUGGCUAGUUUAUGGGUCGACAAUGAAUGA